AUGGCAGACUCUUCCGUACGUCGGCGUCUACCCAACAGCCAAACUUCGCCGGGGCGGGCCAGCUCUCCCGAGGACAAUGACCUCGAAGAUCAAACGUCUCGAGUGAUCUCCAUUCUCGAUGUCCUUCGAGUUCUAAUAACUCUUAUUGGCGUUUCCUGCGCGUUGUCAUACUACCUAACUUCUGGCACUUCCUUUACUUGGAACUACCAACCCUGGUUCACGAACCAUGCACAGCUCAGACAAUGGUGGAGAGGACCACUUCAACUGACGCCUGAUGAGCUGGCGUUGUACAACGGCUCAGAUCCUAAGAAGCCGAUCUAUCUCGCCAUUAAUGGCACAAUCUUCGAUGUGACAGAGGGCAGACGGACCUAUGGUCCUGGCGGAAGCUAUGAAGUAUUCGCCGGGAGAGACGCAACGAGAGCAUUCGUCACCGGAUGUUUCCUCGAAGAUCGAACGGGUGAUCUGAGAGGAGCAGAAGAAAUCUACAUCCCCAUAGAAGACCCCGACGAAGACAUCUCGAGCGGAGCGCGAAAAACAAGAGCGGAGAAGGAGAGAAGGAAUGCAAAGAAACGAGUUCUGCAAGAAGUGAGCAAGUGGGAGGCCUUCUACAAGAACCACAAGAAAUACUUCGAAGUGGGAAAGCUGGUUGGUGUGCCAGAAUACACAGGCGAACCCCCAAAGUUGUGCGAGCCGGCUGAAAAAGGACGACCCAAGAGGAAGAAGGGGAGCCAAGCAGAUAAUGCACCAGGAAAACCAGUACAGUAG